AUGCCACAACCAAAAAAGGACGGCGCCAAUGCUGUUGACCAUGACCACGUCUCCAAAAGCUUUACCCUAAAAGGGCUCAACGAUUCUGGAUACAUCAACGCGGACGUCUCACAGCUCGAUCUAGAUUAUACAGAUUUUGCUCAAGACACAAAGGCCAACGGCAAGGUACGCGCAGGCGGAAUCCUUCGAAAGUCAAAGAGGGAUGAUUUGACGACCCGGGCUCGCAAAGACAAGGGUGAGUAUGAUGAUCCGGACUCGAAACUCUUAGAAGAGGCACAGAUAUGGGUGGAAGAUGGUGAAGUAUGGUACAUCCAUCCGGUAUUACAGCGAGACCACUGGAACCAUAUGUCAAACGACGACUGGAACUCCAUCCGACCAUCCAUCGAACUGGCCUCUCGUAUACUUGACAUGGUCGAGAUACUACCAUUCUUCUAUGGUCUCAUUGCAGGGAGCGUGUAUGAUCUGAAAGAUUCAGCACACAAUCAAGCUCACAACAUAAUCUUCCAAGAAUGGGAGAUGAAGGAGGUACCUACGGUAUUGAGAGCCGUUGGGCAAGAAGCAGAGAGCGUAUUCUUGUAUAUGGUCGGAUUGAGGGGGUCUGUCGAGUGGGAGUUCUCUCACAUCGCCCUCAGUGAUCGCCGAUUCGCGCAGACUGGAUGGCUUAGCAAGUCAAAAAAGGCUCUGGUGGAAAUCAACGAAGACUUUCUGGAUAUCCUCAGUGGUAGGCAACAAGUCCACGAUUAUUCGAUGUCUUGGGAGCCGGGGACAGAUGUUGAGUCCGCACGGCUCCGGACCCAGGUCGCGCUCGCUAUCACAAUCGUUCACGAAUUUGCUCACGCAAUCUGGUUUUGUAUCAACAAGAAGUAUAAAGUUGAUCCGUACCUUCGCGGUCACUUUAUCAAUGAGCUAGGCUUCGAACUUGAGCACAUGUUAUUCUCGGGUUUGAUAAUGCCCAUUGGAACACCAGCUGUGGAAGCAGCUCCAUAUGGAUUCAAGAUCGAUCGCUUUCCAGAAGCUGGUAUACGCGAUGACGAAGAAACACGUGUGUUUUCUCGGGAACCGCCUUCGGAUUCGGGAUGCAAAACCGGAUGGUCGCAUCCAGUCUCGAUGAAAUGGGUCAGCAGUCUGUUCACAGUCGACAAAUGGGAGGAAGUCGCUCGACUCGGCCUUUCCGCACUCAAGCCCCAGAGAAAAACAGGGUUUUCUCAUGAUUACAGGAUAAGAAAAAAGAAGCGACCUAGAUCGCCCAGUCCUACAUCACCCUCGAAGAAGGUCAAAAUUUGAGCGCAGGACCUGGAGGUCAGGGCCGAUCGAUACAAGCGAGCGUAAGGAAGGCGUCGACGAGAACGAGGAUGGCUUUGAUUAUCCUGCAAAGAAGUCGGAUACUACGGCUUCCUCCUAGCUCUCUCAAGACCAUUGCGGACAGUAUCGCCAUGUUCUCAGUGAUUCAACAAUAUCUUGCCUUCCUAUAGCUGAAACAGAGGCCUUAUCGAUCGCUCCCCUGCUGGAAUGCUGCUCUGCGUAUAUCGAUACCUUAGACACAAUUUCCGCGGAAGAGUACGAAGGAUAGUUAUCCACAACAAGGAGGCUAGGAUUUCUUUGUCUAGCUCGAAAUC